CGACACUCCACGAACAGCGGACCAGUGUCAGUCCUGCUCCGGUAGGGAGACCUCACAGAGCCGCGGACUGAUAGAAACUAGCCUAGUAUCGGCUCCGGCAAGAUUUCCUCUGGGGGAAAAGGGAAAAACUGGACGCAGAGGGCAAAGAAACUGGCAAAUAUAUAUAUAUUUUUUACGAGUGGUCGCGGUCUUAAAGAGCCGCGUUCGCUGCAGCUCCGACAUUGCUCUGACGUUAAUGUUGCUGCUGAAGGAGUCGGUCAAGUGCGGAGAACUUUUGGCUUUUUAUUUUGUCGUUGUUUUAUACUUUGCAACUUUCUCAGGGUAUAUUAAACUGCACUCCAAUAGGCAUUGCCACGACAGGGGUUAAUAAUAAUAAUCCACUGGUUUUGAAUAUGUUCGCAGUAAAUGAUUUACUAAAAAGCAUUUUUGUGGUAGAUCCACUUUGCUGAUAGUAGGCCAGGCAGGUCUUUUGUAAAGUGCACGUUCAAGGUGACGCCUUUGAUGUUAAUUUAAUGAGGCACGCGCUCCAGUGGGUAACUCCCACUCGAGAUAACAGUACAUUAGGAAAGGUGAGGCGGUCUGUCAACGCUGUGCACACUUGAAGGAGGAAGCUGGACUCAUGAGUGAAGACCACUUCUGUAUGGAGGGUCUGGUUUUAGUGCGGCUCUGACUCUAAAUCUGGAGUGAAGCUCUUUUCCAAGAUGCACGUGCACUGCUGAGGACUGUUGUAGCAUUCUUGUCGGGGAAAACUUCACAACAGUUUUUCUUUGAGGUUUUUUUUGCAUGCAUUUUUUGCAUUUUGCACGCAUGAACUAGCAAUACUGCGAGUUAAACUAGUCAAAAACACCGUUUUUAACCGAGCCACACCAUGGCCUCCUCCGCGCGGAACAGCUGCUUCUUGUUGCUCUGGAGACGGACGUUCCUCGCGCUGUGGCUGUGCGCGCUGGUGGCGCGUGGAGCAGAAGAUGACAGCCCCUUCAACUCAGAGGCCUGGCUGAGGAUGUACGGCUACCUGCCCCAGGCCAGCAGACAGAUGUCGACCAUGCGAUCAGCUCAGAUUCUGUCCAAUGCAAUCGGAGACAUGCAGCGGUUCUACGGCCUGGAGGUCACUGGACAGAUGGACCCUCAAACCAUCAGUGCGAUGAAGAGACCUCGAUGCGGUGUGCCUGACAAGUUUGGAGGCCAGAUCAAAACCAACGUGCGGCGGAAACGAUAUGCCCUCACCGGACAUAAAUGGAACAAGAGCCACCUCACCUACAGUAUCCAGAACUACACUCCAAAGAUUGGAGAGUAUAACUCAUACGAAGCCAUCCGUCGGGCGUUUAAAAUCUGGGAGAAGGUGACCCCGCUGACCUUUGACGAAAUUCCCUACCAAGAGAUCAAAUAUGGACGCCGCAAGGAGCCUGACAUCAUGAUCUUCUUCGCUUCGGGUUUCCAUGGAGACAGCUCUCCUUUUGAUGGGGAGGGUGGCUUCCUAGCUCACGCCUACUUCCCUGGACCUGGAAUGGGAGGGGACACACACUUUGACUCAGAUGAACCAUGGACCAUAGGAAACCAGAACGUACAAGGUAAUGACCUCUUCCUGGUGGCGGUCCAUGAGCUGGGCCAUGCUCUGGGUUUAGAGCACUCUAACAACCCACUGGCCAUCAUGGCGCCCUUCUACCAAUGGAUGGAGACGGACGAUUUCCAGCUGCCUGAGGACGACCGGCGAGGCAUCCAGCAGAUCUACGGACAACCAGACAGCGGCCCCACCCAGGCGCUGCCCACCGUGACUCCCCGUCGCCCAGAUGCAAGACCACCUCAAACACCUCCUCGGCAUCCUGACCGGCCCAGGACCACGGAAAGACCAGACCACUACGGACCCAAUAUCUGUGAAGGGAACUUUGACACAGUUGCUAUGCUCCGAGGAGAGAUGUUUGUUUUCAAGGGCCGUUGGUUCUGGCGAGUGCGUAGGAACAGAGUUCUGGAUAACUAUCCCAUGCCGAUCAGUCACUUCUGGAGGGGUCUGCCUGGAGACAUCGAUGCUGCCUACGAGAGACACGACGGCAGGUUCGUCUUCUUUAAAGGAACCAGAUUCUGGCUUUUCAGGGAGGCUAACCUGGAACAAGGCUACCCACUGGAGCUGGUUGAUUAUGGUCAAGAUAUUCCCUACGACAGAAUAGACACAGCCAUCUGGUGGGAGCCAUCCGGCUACACUUACUUCUUCCAAGGAGACUGGUACUGGCGCUUCAACGAGCAGUCACGGCUGGCUGACCGAGGUUACCCGAAACCAAUCAGCGUCUGGGGAUCGUCAGUGCCUUCUUCUCCCAAGGGGGCCUUCCUCAGCGAUGAUGGGGCGUACACCUACUUCUACAAAGGUUCCAAGUACUGGAAGUUUGACAACCACCGCAUGAAGAGCGAACCGGGCUACCCCAAGUCCAUCCUGAAGGACUUCAUGGGCUGCACCGUGGACCUGGACCCGGACAGAGACACGGACACGGACUCAGGGCGCAAACACCCGGACGUGAACCGGCCGCCGGUCAACCCGGACGCAGACGACGGGGACAAGGGCAAAGACCGGGACGGGACAGACCGCGGGGGGACGGACAAAGACACGGGCAAAGGAACGGACAAAGACGAAGACUACCGCGAGGGCCGCGAGGAAGACACCAACGAGGUGGACGUGGUGCUGAAGGUGGACGACAGCGAGGAGCGGACCAUGAACAUCCUGAUGGUGACCAUCCCGCUGGUCCUGGUGCUGUGCAUCCUGGGACUGAUCUACGCCAUCAUCAACACGCUGCAGAGCAAAGGGGCGCCGCGGCUGCUGGUGCACUGCAAGCGCUCGCUGCAGGACUGGGUCUGAUCCUCGUCAGGAGGGGACACUUGACCUUUGAACUCCAAUUGGACCUUAGACACCACGCCCCUAAUCCAAGCCUUCUCCCUGUGAUCCAUCGUCUCAAGUCUCGUAGUACAUGUGGUAGAAAGUCCAAUACUGUACUGACA